CCGGCCGUUUCCGGAAGCCGCAGCCGCCUCAGCCGUCAGCCCGCCGGUGGCGACCGUGGGCCCCCGGACCCGCUUGCUCUUCCCGGCGUCUGGAGCAGACCCGUGAACGGCGGGGAGAAGAGAUGGCCCUGCUGUGCUACAACCGGGGCUGCGGCCAGCGCUUCGAUCCCGAGACCAACUCCGACGAUGCUUGCACGUAUCACCCAGGUGUUCCAGUCUUUCAUGAUGCCUUAAAGGGUUGGUCUUGCUGUAAGAGAAGAACAACUGAUUUUUCUGAUUUUUUAAGCAUUGCGGGCUGUACAAAAGGUAGGCAUAAUAGUGAGAAGCCACCUGAGCCAGUCAAACCUGAAGUCAAGACUACUGAGAAGAAAGAACUUUCUGAAUUGAAACCCAAGUUUCAGGAGCACAUCAUUCAAGCCCCUAAGCCAGUAGAAGCAAUAAAAAGGCCAAGCCCAGAUGAACCAAUGACAAACUUGGAAUUAAAAAUAUCUGCCUCCCUAAAACAAGCACUUGACAAACUUAAACUAUCCUCGGGGAAUGAAGAAAGUAAGAAAGAAGAGGACAGUGAUGAAAUUAAGAUUGGGACCUCAUGUAAAAAUGGAGGGUGUACAAAGACAUAUCAAGGUCUACAGAGUCUUGAAGAAGUCUGUGUAUAUCAUUCUGGAGUACCUAUUUUUCAUGAAGGGAUGAAAUACUGGAGCUGUUGUAGAAGAAAAACUUCUGAUUUCAAUACAUUCUUAGCCCAAGAGGGCUGUACAACAGGAAAACACAUGUGGACUAAGAAGGAUGCUGGGAAAAAAGUUGUUCCAUGUAGACAUGACUGGCAUCAAACAGGGGGUGAAGUAACCAUUUCAAUCUAUGCUAAAAAUUCACUUCCAGAACUUAGCCAAGUAGUAGCAAAUAGUACAUUGUUAAAUGUGCACAUUGUAUUUGAAGGAGAGAAGGAAUUUCAUCAAAAUGUGAAAUUAUGGGGUGUGAUUGAUGUAACACGAAGUUAUGUAACUAUGACUGCAACAAAGAUUGAGAUCACCAUGAGAAAAGCUGAACCUAUGCAGUGGGCAAGCCUUGAACUGCCUGCUACCAAAAAGCAGGAGAAACAAGAAGAUACAACAGAAUGAGUUGACAGGGGAAAAAAUGUAUUGCCUAUUUUCAGAAUUCUUACUGUAUGGUAAAAUGGUGGCUUGCUGCUGUCCUCUUUUGUUGUUGCUGUCAUUAUUGUUGUUGCUGUUGCUGUUGUUGAAUCUGGCAGUUCAGGGUCAACGGUAGGUUCUUAAAAGCCAAAGUCAGUUUAUCUUUUCGUGCCUCCCAUCUUUUUUUUUAGUUACCUAAGGUUGACUAUUCAUUUCUCCUCAGUUGACAGAAUAUAGUUGUGUCCUAUACUUGAAAAGCUAGAAAGUAGCUCAUAAACAGUUACAGUAUUUCUUGGUAUACCUUUACGUUUAACAGAGAAGUGUAAAAGAAUGUUUGUUUUGUUCACAUCUCUUUCUUUAUCCCAUAAUUAGUAAAGCAAGAUGGGAUGUUGGAUUUUUAAGUAGUUUUUUCAUGAGUUUGUGUUCCUAUAAUACUUGAAAAACUUAAAGGAGGAGAAGAAGCUCUGCAUUGUUUUAUCCUUGGGAAGGUUACUUUUUCUAGAAGGAAUAAUUCUGAGGUAGCAUAGUAGCUAGUUAAAGGGGAAUAUAUGCAUUGAAUAAUAAAUUGGAAUUUGUUUACAACUAAUUAAAUUAAAACAUAUCAGUACCUAUAUUACUUUAAGCGCUAUGAUUUAAAUGUAUAUAAAACAUAAGAGUGGAGAGGUACAGUUUGGUUAAAAUUUGCCGUUUUAUUAAGACUAAGCAAUAAUGUUAAACAUCUCUUUCCUGAUUAUUAUAUAAGGUCUUUGUAUGGUGUUAUGACUAAAUUGCACCUAAUUUAUAGCCUCCACCCUCUUAAAAUCUUUAAUUAGUUACAUGUAAAAGAAAUUAUAUAUAUACACACACAUGUGUGUGUAUAUAAGUGUGUGUGUAUAUGUAUAUCUGGCCUCCCUGAUGGAAAACUGUAUAAAACCGUAGACUUAAAGGCUUAUGAAAUACAUUUUAGGGUAUCAAAAAAUUAAAUAUUUAAGCUCCGCUUUAUGAGAAAUAUCUAUUACCUGUUAAAUAAAAUAGCUUAAUUCUUUUGGAGUUAUUUUUUAGGCUUUCAUGAAAAGUUUGACAAUUCUAGGUGAUACAGUGUUGUUUAUAUAUUGUACUUCAUUAAAUACAGGUAUCACAGAUUUAGAUUGUUUAUGCUAAUUGAACCCAUUAAAGGAUAGUUUACUUUUAAAGGCAAUGCAGAGCUAGCUCACCAAGAAAACUAAAAUUAAGAAAUGUUUUGAAGGCCAAAACUCUGGCAGAACUUAAGAAAUUUGGGUAUGAAUUAUGCUAAUGUAGAUUAAAAUUAUUUCCCAAG